UUCUCCCAAAACAGCAAAACUACCGCCGCCUUUUUCUUCUCGCAUGUUGCGCUCUCUUCGAUUGCUUCCUUCUUCACGCCUCUCUGUCCCCGUCUGUCGUCGCACUUUUACCUCUACCUCUACCGUCAUUAUGAGCGAGAUCACUCACCCCACCAUCAAGGAUGGCUGGUUCUCCGAGCAGUCCCGGAUGUGGCCCGGCCAGGCCAUGACUCUCAAGGUUAACCAGGUCCUGCACCACGAGAAGUCCAAGUACCAGGACGUCCUCGUCUUCGAGUCCAGCGACUACGGCACCGUCCUGGUCCUGGACAACGCCAUCCAGUGCACCGAGCGCGAUGAGUUCUCCUACCAGGAGAUGAUCACCCACCUCGCCAUGAACUCCCACCCCAACCCCAAGAAGGUCCUGGUUAUCGGCGGCGGCGACGGCGGUGUCCUCCGUGAGGUUGUCAAGCACGAGUGCGUCGAGGAGGCCACCCUCUGCGACAUUGACGAGGCCGUCAUCCGCGUCUCCAAGAAGUACCUGCCCGGCAUGAGCAUCGGCUUCUCCCACCCCAAGUCCCGCGAGUACGUCGGUGACGGCUUCGAGUUCCUCAAGAACCACAAGAACGAGUUCGAUGUUAUUAUCACCGACUCUUCUGACCCCGAUGGUCCUGCCGAGACCCUCUUCCAGAAGCCCUACUUUGAGCUUCUGAACGAUGCUCUCACCGAGGGCGGUGUCAUCACCACCCAGGGCGAGAACCUCUGGCUCCACCUCCCCCUCAUCGCCAGCCUGAAGAAGGCCUGCAGUGAGGUCUUCCCCGUCGUCGAGUACGCCUACACCACCAUCCCCACCUACCCCUCCGGCCAGAUCGGCUUCAUGGUCUGCUGCAAGGACGCCACCCGCAACCUCCGUGAGCCUCUCCGUGAGUGGACUCGCGAGGAGGAGGAGAAGCUGUGCCGCUACUACAGCAAGGACAUCCACCGCGCCAGCUUCGUCCUGCCCAACUUUGCCCGCAAGGUUCUAGACAACUAAGGAACUAAGUGGAUUGAUGAGUUGAUGAGAAAUGGGGGGAAAUUUUAUUAUUUUCUGGGUUUGAUCUAAUUUCGAACUGAAAUUAAAAAAGUCGAAGGGUUAGCCUAGGGGUAGUUAUGAAUUAUAUUUUUACCCAUGCUACAUA